AUGGAUUCUAAUUACCUGGAUGAGAUAGACGAAUAUUUAUUAAAUAAUGAAACAACUGUUUUUAUAACUUAUUUAGAUAAGUCCAAUGGAAAGACAGCUCUGCUGAAAGCACUUUUAAAUUUGAAGGAAGGUGAGAAUGACACUAUUGAACAUCUGCUGGAAAUUGCAGAGAAAACGGGAGAUUUAAAAGAUUUUGUCAAUGCUGCCUACACAGACAGUUACUACAAAGGUCAGACAGCACUCCAUGUUGCAAUUGAACAGAGGAGUGCAAACUUUGUACAGAUGCUGGUUAAAAAAGGGGCUGAUGUCCAUGCUAAGGCCUGUGGGAAAUUCUUUCAGCCCAAUCAAGAAACAUGCUUCUAUUUUGGUGAGCUGCCUUUGUCUCUGGCCGCUUGCACUAAUCAGCCUGACAUUGUUGACUUCCUUAUGAACAAUCCAUACCAGGCAGUGGAUGUCAGGGAGAGGGACUCUCAUGGAAACACGGUGCUUCACGCACUAGUAUCCAUAGCUGAUAACAGUCCUGAAAACACAGAGUUCGUCAUUGCCAUGUAUGACCACAUCUUAUUCAAAGCCGACCAACUUCACCCCAAGAUCAAGCUGGAGGAAAUCGAAAAUAAUGAAGGAUUCACCCCACUCACAUUAGCUGCCAAAACAGGAAAAGUUGUGCUGUUAAAGCACAUCGUGCAGCGGGAGUUUAAGGGAUGCAAACAUCUGUCACGGAAGAUGACGGAGUGGGCCUACGGUCCAGUGUGCUCGUCUCUGUAUGACCUCGCCUCUCUCGAUACCUAUGAGAAGAACUCCGCGCUGGAGAUAAUCGUUUAUGGCAGUGAGAUUCCUAAUCGCCUCGAGAUGCUCAAUAUUGAGCCAUUUAACAGGCUGAUUGAAGAGAAGUGGGAGAGAUUCGCGCAACGGAUGUUCUGGUUCAACUUUAUUGUUUAUGUUAUCUACCUUUUAAUCUUCACUGCAGUAGCUUUUCACCGUGAAGAAGGGAAGGACUUUAGCAACAACCAAUCAUUAAAGCCUCCAUUUCGUUACAAAAAUAAUAGCAAAGGCUACCUGCUUCUGACAGGACACAUCAUAACAACCAUUGGAGCACUUUACUUCCUAAUUAGAGGGUUAAGAGAUAUGUUAAGAAAGCGUCCAGGAUUUCAGUCCCUGCUCAUAGAUGGAUACACCGAUCAGCUUUUUUUUCUGCAGGCCGUGCUCUUCCUGGUGUGUGCUCUACUGUACUUCUUUGGUCAGGAUGAAUAUGUGGCCUGUCUAGUUCUGUGUCUUGCCUUGAGCUGGGUAAAUCUACUCUACUUCUCCAGGGGGUCCAAAAAUAUGGGAAUCUACAAUGUCAUGAUACAAAAGAUGGUUCUUGGAGAAAUUCGUCGAUUCCUUGUCGUGUACAUGGUCUUCCUCAUUGGGUUCUCUGCAGGUAUAUUUGCAUACAUUCAUGAAUGUCCUUGACUCUUUUAUUACAAUUAAUUUAUUAUUUA